UAGUUCCCCAACUCAUCCCUCACCGGUUUCCGAAGCCCGUGUUCCUUCUCCUGAACGCUGUUCUGGUACACCUGGUUCCUGCCGUCCCUUUCUGGUACAAUGCUCUCUCGCAUUCGAGCUCCAACCUUCAGCCUUCCCCACCGAGCGCUCUUGUGUGGCGUACAUCAUUUCUCUGCUCACCGAGAGGGCUAGAGAGAGGAAAUCACCCAUCUGCGCUAUGGUAGAUUAUUUUUCUACGGGAUUCCGCAAGAUUUUCGAUCACGCAACCCCCGGUAGAGAGGCAGCUCGGGAAUUGCUCCGGUUGACACAGAGUGAAGGACCGUUGCGGACUUUGCUAUUGAGUUCCGCACCAUCGCUGCCGAGAGCUGUUGGAACGGCCCUUCUCUCCUUGACGCGUUCUAUCAUGGACUCUAUGACCGCAUUAAAGAUGAGUUGGCAGCCCGGGAUCCUCCUACCGACCUGGACUGUUUAGUUGCUCUUGCCAUCCGUACUGACGGCCGUCUUGGAGAACGGUGGAGAGAGAGAGGUUGGCCCGUUGUUUCUCCAGGCCGUUUCCACUCCCCUCUUGAGUUACUACCGUCCCCACGUUCUGUUGACCAACAUGUCUCUAGCGGUUCUUCUGAACCCAUGCAACUAGGCAGGGCACGACUCUCCAUGGAGGAGAAACGGCACCGCCAAUGGGUGAAUCUCUGCAUGUACUGUGGUCGGAAUGGCCAUUAUGUAUCCUCUUGUCCGUUAAAAGACAAGGCUCACCAGUAAACCUGAGGGCGCUGGUGAGCUGAGGUUUGAAUUUUGAUCAGCCCUCUCGACCCCUACUCCAGGUCCGUCUCCACUGCCACGGGCAGGUUCACACCAUCUGUGCCCUCAUAGAUUCCGGCGCCAAUCUGGAAUCUCUGGAAAAGCCCAUCCACGCAACGGCACUAGAUGGUCAUCUCCUGGGUCGGGUUACCCAUCGAUCUGUUCCCCUUUCGAUUACCUUGUCAGGUAACCAUACUGAGAUACUCACCUUCCACCUCAUCGCUCGCCACAACUACCUCUCAUUUUAGGGUUCCCUUGGUUAAAAAGACAUAACCCGGGGUCACGUGACGAUGUCUGGCUAGAAGACGUGUUUCCACUGAGCUCCCGCUCCCACUCGUCUUUAAAUAUAUUUUAUUUCAAGUUAUCGCUCCAAUUUCGGCUAAUCACAUUAACUCUGUAGUGUAAGAAAUAGCGGCAAGCAGAAAAAGUACAAUUUUGGCAACAAGUGAUGUCGAAACAGACGAAAAUCAACACACGAGGAAUGGCUACUACUGCAACUACUAGCCAAAAAACGGAUUCGCCAUUACUUUCCCGCUCCGGAGGAGCAGGUGAAGAGGAGCCCUCCCCGACGGUGAACACCGCAGCUCUGAUUCACGAGGUAACUCAAAACUUUGGCGACAUGAUGGAAGAAAAACUUUCCAAAUUCAAGGAGACUUUGGAAAAAAUAUCCACUACGUUGGAAAGCCAAUCAAAGCGCAUCACCGAGGCCGAGCAGAGAGUGUCGGAUGUGGAGGAUACAGUGACCGGUCUACAGGGGAGGCUCGCUGAAGCAGAGAAGAUGAUAUGGAGAACCGCAGCAGGCGGGAUAACAUUCGUGUUCUCAAUCUGAAAGAGAGCACCGAGGGAAAAAAAACCAUUCACUUCUUUGAAGAUUGGCUGCCUACCGUGCUUGGCUUGGAAGCGACUCCCGGCGUUAAAAGCCGCAUCAAAAUUGACCGUGCGCACCGGAGCUCAAGUUUGAAUCACAAAGAGAUGCAGAAAACGUUCUCAACACGCUGGAGUAAAGCCGGACAGGAGACGCCUGAAGUAUGACUUUUAUCAUGCUUGAUCUGGGAGACUAUAUGGACCAGUGGCGGCCGGUCAAUAGGGGGCGCUAGGGCGCCGCCCCCAUCAAAAUUUCAGGAAAAAAGUAUAGACACAGUAAACAUAAAUUACAUAAUAAAAAGUAAUUACCACGUCUGUUCAGUGUUCACUCAUACAAUGGGUUUUACUUUUAAAUUUUUAUGCCUUUCCAUUCAAUAUUGGGUUUAUUCUGGGUUGUAUCAUGCAUUUCAAUAGUGAGGGGCGCCGGCCAAAUAAGUGUGUAUGUGGCCUCUUAAACUUUUGGCUUCCAUGUGACUUCAUGCUGGUCUCUAAUUGGUCACUUCAAGAUUCUCCUCCGGGCGCAGCUCUCUGCGCCCCUGGCCAAUCAGCGUGCUUGGGCUCAUUUUUCAUCCAGUCUGAUUGAUUCAUGAUACCUGUCAGUCAAAGUCUCUCCCCUGGCAACGGAGCCAUGCCUGUCACUCAAAGAGCGACAGACACGCCCACGCGCACACGGAGCAGACAGAAAAAAACAACAACGAGAAGACAGGAGGAGACAUGGCGACCGCAAACGAAAAUUCGGUUGUUUCGUUACGCAGUAAUCCUUUCUCGAGGCGUUCGGUGGAGGAAAAAAAAAGAAUAAAGGAGCUUGGACCGGAGCAGCCUGAUAUACAAAUCCAGCAGCAGGCAAGUGACAGGGGAAGGAGUUACACUAGAGGCUUCUCCCGUUUGUGUUACACCAAACACAGUUGGCUAGCUGGAUGUGGAGUUAGCAAUGCUCUCUAUUGCUUUCCAUGCUUGCUUUUUCAAAGUGUUGGCAGUGGCACUGAAGCUCUGGACAACAGCUGGGGUCAGAGACCUGAAACAUCUCUCUGAAAAAUGCAAAGGGCAUGAAAGUAGCCGUAGCCACCUUGACAACAGCAUGAAGCUACAGUUUUUUGGCCGAGUUAGCAUUGCUGAACAAUUAGAUGAGGGCUACAGAGUUGGCAUUAGAAGGCACAAUGAAGAGGUAACAAAAAAUCGUCACAUACUGUCCAGGAUAAUAGACUGUGUGAAAUGUUGUGGGGCCUUUGAAUUGGCUUUACGUGGCCAUGAUGAGAGUGAGAGCUCUGUCAACCCCGGGAUAUUUCGUGGGCUGGUGGAUUUUGUUGCCUCUCUGGAUGGAGCUUUGAAAGAGCACCUUGAGACUGCCACUGUUUUUAAGGGUACUUCAAAAACUGUCCAAAAUGAGCUCCUGGAUUGUAUGUUGUCUGUUGCAAGGGAGCAAAUAAUUAAAGAAGCUCAAAAGAGUGUUUUUGUAUCAAUCCAGGCAGAUAAGACAACAGAUAUUUCAACACAGACCCAACUUGUGCUUGUACUACGCUACAUUGAUGACAAACACAGUGUGCAGGAAAGAUUUUUUGAGUUCAUUCCUCUGCAGUCAUCUACUUCUGAGUCCAUUGCUACUGCAUUAAAAGAGCGUCUUGCUGCCAUCAUUCCUGAGGAUCAGAAAAGCAAGCUAAUCUGCCAGGCAUCUGAUGGAGCCAGUGUGAUGAGGGGUGCCACUGCAGGUGUUCAGAGGAAAAUCAAAGAUGAGUACCCAAAUGCCCACUAUAUCCACUGCUAUGCACACCAACUCAGCCUGAUCAUGCAACAGGCCACCUCUCAUUUCCAAGGUGAGAAUUUUUUUUUCUGACCUGGGUGGAUUUGCCAGCUUUGUUUCCAGAUCACCCAAGCGUACAGCUGUUCUUGAUAAAAUGGUGGCCCAUAGACUGCCAACAUCCAGCAAUGUCAGAUGGAACUUUCACAGCCGAGCCAUCAACACUGUGUUUGAGCACAGACAGGAUCUCAUUCAGUGUUUUGAGAACAUACGCGACUCAGGUGACUUUGACCCCAAAACCAUGAGAGAGGCAGGAGGCAUGGCCAUGCUGCUGGAACAUCAGGAUUUUAAGUUCUUUCUGGAACUUUUUCACCACAUCAUGCCACAUGUGGACCUCCUCUAUGCCAAGCUCCAGAAGAAGAACAUAGAUGCAGUCCACAUCAAAGGGAGCAUCCAGCAGUUUGAACAGGACAUACAAAACAUCAGAAAUUCUCGCCAUUCCAUGGGUGAGCAAAGCAGUGGUUCUCUGACAGCAAAGAGGCGUCGGGUACUCAGUUCAGAGGAUCGUCAAAAUGUUGCAGAAGAGAUCUGCAACACCAUUCUGGGACACACCAGGGAGGGCUUCACCGACCAUCUUGUCUGUGCAACCUUGCUGCAGGGGGACAGGUUUGAGGACCAUCAGGGGGCAUUUCCUGAAGAGACACUACAAAGCACGCUGAAGGCCUACAAAAUGCUGAAUGGAAGCAAACUGAAGACAGAGCUCAGUGUCAUCUACAGCAGGGGUUUUCAAAGUGUGAGAGAGUGAGCCCCCCCUCAGAGAAAAAAAUU